AUGAUAGCUGCAAGAGAUCUCUAUAUUGCAUGGAGCGAUAUUCCUCAAUAUUGGCGAUGGAUAUCUCUUCCUGAAUCUAGGUUUCCUGAGGUGGCAGAGCUUCUCAACGCGUGCUGGUUUCAUGUACGUGGAAGCAUCAGCACCAAGAUGCUGUCCUCUGGCACGUGUUAUGUGGCAUACCUAGUGUUUGCUCGCAAAUCAGGGGUCGACAAAUUCGACCUCCCAGCCGAGGCUUUUGUGGAGUUGAAUGGCCAUGAGAGUGAGAGGCAAAGAGUGUUUCUAGGUCGGGAAAGAGGCCACAGGUCUUUUUACCGUCGACUGCCUCGUUUGGUGAGACAAAAACAGACGGUGGAGGAUUCGGUGGCUGAGUCCAAUGCCAAGUACCCUAAACCGAGGAGUGAUGGGUGGAUAGAGGUCGAGUUGGGAGAGUAUUUUGUCGAGGGAAGAGAAGAUGAUGAUUUGGAGUUGGGGCUCAUAGAGUAUAAUGACUAUUAUGGGAAAAGCAGAUUAAUUGUUCAGGGGAUUGAGCUCAGGCCCAAGGCUGUGAGCCGUUAA